AUGAAAAUGUCGUUAAGGACCAUCAGUCACCAACCUGAAGUGUCACUGACGGCUACAUCAAAUAUAUAUUUGUCAAGGUUUGUGGAUACAAGAAAACUUCAACAAUGUUUCUCAGUUCAGUUUUAA